CUCGCCCCCCUCUCUCUCUCUCUCUCAAAUAAAGAAAUCAUUUACUUUGACGGAGCGACGCGAAGAUGCCAAUUGAAGCACAUUUCUAAAACCCUUCCCCCUUCUCGCCCGAGAUUUUGAUUUUGAUUUCGCCUCUUCGCUUUGAGCUUUUCCUCUUCACUUCGCUCGAACAAGUUUCAGAUUCGCAUUCAGAUUCGCAGUUUCCGUGCGCUUUCCGGUUGAAUUGUUGUUGAUGGAAGAAGAAGAGGCGGCAGCAGCAGCUGCCACUCAACAAGGGCGUCGAGAUCCAAUCUCCGCCGCGUCCCCGUCGCCUCCUCCUCCUCCUCCCCCUGGUAGCAGACCUGUUGAGCCCAACUUGACAGAACAGUCCCUUGCCUCCAAAGAUGAAAGGAUUGUUUCUACAAGUCCUCCUGAUGCAGUUGUCUCGGCGCCUUCCAAUGAUGUCACAGAUCAGCUAGAAUCUACAUAUACAAGUGAAACUCUCACAACUGUCUACCCCCAGGAACAGACUUAUUUUUAUGGAGGCUUUGAAAACAGCACUGGUAAUUGGGAUGAGUAUAACCGCUAUGUCAAUGCUAAUAGUCUGCAAGUUGUUUCACCGGCUAUGUUCAAUGAAAAUCAGUCUCUUCUCUUUCACUCUGGCUAUGGCAUUGACACUCAAAUGGCUUAUGGGCAAUUUUCUCCCAUGGCUAGUGCUCUGUCUCCUAUAAUGCUAGAUGGGCAGCUAUUCUCUCCCCAACAAAUCCCUGUGCCUCCUUAUUUCCCUCAGCCAGUUUCUCCUAGUGUGCCACAUGCAACUUCAUCUCUUCCAAUGUCACAAACUGAACUGGUUACAGCAGGAGCUGGUGGCCAAGACCAUCUUGGCGACAAUGUUCUUUUUGGGCCAGGAUCAGGGUACUAUCUACACUUUGGAUCUUUGGGUGGAGGAGGCCCGUCUGGAGAGCCAUUGUCAAAUCAAUCAAACUCAGAUGCGGGCAGUUUUUUGUCUCCUUUGACAUCACCAACAGUUUAUCCCCAACCAUACGGCAUACUUGGGCCAUAUGAGCACAAUCUUGGGCAGAUAUCUCAACAGCAGAGACCACCCCAUGGGUUUGGACCGGUAGCAAAUUCAUCUGCUAGAGGCUACCCACCCAGCAACUUGUAUCAGAGCUCAAAUUAUAAUACUUCAACCUCGUCUCACUGGGGAGCAAAUAACCGGAACCGAGUGGCUCCUGAUAAAGGUGGAAGACGAGAAAGAGACCGUGAUUCAAUCUUUGUUUCGUCACAUGGUAUCCCUAGUGAUCGCAGUAGGGGCCCAAGGGCUUCAAAACCAAAGAGCAAGACUGCUACAGAAGAAAGCUCGUCAUCUGGUCGUAGUAAAUAUGGUGCAUCUAUUUCUGGGUUUAAUCUUGAUCUCUAUAACCGGCCUGAUUUUAUCACCGACUAUGAAAAUGCUAAGUUCUUCAUCAUAAAGUCUUUUAGUGAAGAUAACGUUCACAAGAGUAUAAAAUACAGUGUCUGGGCUAGCACACCACUUGGAAACAGAAAACUGGAUGCUGCUUAUCAUGAAGCAAAAGAGAUAAAAGACCACUGUCCAGUCUUUCUUUUGUUUUCGGUCAAUGCAAGUGGACAGUUCUGUGGUGUGGCUGAGAUGGUUGGACCUGUAGAUUUUGAAAAUAAUGCAGACUACUGGCAACAGGAUAGGUGGAGUGGUCAGUUCCCUGUUCGAUGGCAUAUAAUUAAAGAUGUUCCAAACAGUUGUUUCCGCCACAUACUCCUCGAGAAUAAUGACAAUAAGCCUGUCACUCAUAGCCGGGACUCUCAAGAGGUAAAACCAGAACAAGGUAUUGAAAUGUUGAAAAUUUUAAAGGAUCAUGAUGCUGAAACAUCCAUCUUGGAGGAUUUUGGUUUUUAUGAUGAAAGGGAAACAGCCUUCCAAGAAAGGAAGGUGAGACAGCGAGCCAGAAAUGCUUCAGUUGCUGAUGCCUCAGUCAGUCAACUUGCGGAAAACUUCACUGGAGCCCUCCAGUUGGAAGAUGGUAAAGAAAUGCCCGUAACCAAAUAGAAUAGUGGGGACUGGAGUUUCUUUUCAGCAAAUGACAAACGAUAAGCAUUAACAACUAGGAAGGAGACAGGCUUAGGUAUGCAUCUUGAGCUUCUGAGGUUGCUUGCUAUGCUUAAGCACAUUGCUGAUUGCUACUUAUUUCAGGCGGUAUAGCUUAUGCAUCUCCUAUAGCCUUGCUGUAGACUAAGAAUCCCUCUGGGUGCUUUUUUCUUGGUUAUUUAAUUUGUCAGUUGUUCAGAUCUGUUGGGCAAUAUUUCAAGCAUCUUGCGCGACAGACAGAGACCGUGCUGGAAGCUGGGACUUUCCCAUUUGGUUAUAUUUGUUUCAAGGUGGUUUGGUGGCAUCAGGAACACUUGAAAGAUGCUAGUUAUGUUAGAAGCUUUUCAUCGGUGACUGAUGCUGACUAGUUGUACUUUACCCAUCCUUCCAUCUUUCUUCUUACUCUUUUAUUUUAUCUUCUAUUUGAUUAAUUUUCCCAAUUGCAGGGCAUUUAUUUUUAGAAGGGGAGAAUUUGUUGAAUUUUACCCAAUUUGGGUGAUAAUUUGAUGAAACAUUGCAGCAAAAGAUCAUAGUUUCAUAUACUCAAAAAAACAUUAUACCUUAGUUUUAUAUUUC